AUGCGACUUACGGGCCGCUCGCUCCCAGCGCUUCCAGCCGCCAACACCGUGCACGCGAGGCGAGCGAUUCCGAGGAGGCGGUCCGUCGCUCUGUCUCCCUCGCACCCGCGGAACGCCCGCAAGUACGACAGAGACCUCGACAGAGACCUCGACAGAGACCUCGACAGAGACCUCGACAGAGACCUCGACAGAGACCUCGACAGAGACCUCGACAGAGACCUCGACAGAGACCUCGACAGAGACCUCGACAGAGACCUCGACAGAGACCUCGACAGAGACCUCGACAGAGACCUCGACAGAGACCUCGACAGAGACCUCGACAGAGACCUCGACAGAGACCUCGACAGAGACCUCGACAGAGACCUCGACAGAGACCUCGACAGAGACCUCGACAGAGACCUCGACAGAGACCUCGACAGAGACCUCGACAGAGACCUCGACAGAGACCUCGACAGAGACCUCGACAGAGACCUCGACAGAGACCUCGACAGAGACCUCGACAGAGACCUCGACAGAGACCUCGACAGAGACCUCGACAGAGACCUCGACAGAGACCUCGACAGAGACCUCGACAGAGACUGCGACGAGCCUGCAGGCCUCGACGAGGCUCGCAGGACCGUGCGCGAGCCUCGCGAAGCGCUGCGGACACGACGGUGGCACACUCGACGAGCUGCGGCCUCGCGGACCUCGUAUAACUGGCAAUAA